GUCAGGCGGAACAAGUAAAUACUAUUCCACUAGGUGGCAGCAGAUAGCUAAAAAUCCUUUUCUAAUUUAUCGUGAGUAUAUCAGCGUUGUUCAACUAAACAGGCUCAGGUUUGUCAGAGAAUUGGGUAAGUUAUGAGUAAAUUGAACUGACUUUGGACAUUUCUAAUAUAAAAUAUGUUCUGUGGCUCUAAAAAGGUUUUAGAAAUUUGGACAGCUCUUUUCUAUCUCUGGUAGGGAUCCCUUGAAAGCUAAUGUUUUUACCAGGGCUAACGGGCUAUUGAGGAAAUUAAGAAAAUAUUGUUGAUUCACCAGGUCAAUUCCAAAAAAUUAUGCUGGGAAUUAGAUCAUUUGUUUGUUUGUUUUUUCAAUGACAACGUAUAUGUUCUUUAAAAGAAAAGGUUUGUUUCUUUUGUGCUCUCAUUUCAUACUUAAAGGACUUAAUCACUUACCUACAUUUCUCAGUGAGGGAAACUGGUCCAGGAAGUGGUUGUCAAGACACCAGCAUCUCUACAGCUGAAUAUGUUGACACUACAGCAACCAGACCCUGCAGGGCUUCAGGGUUCCAGGCAACAGGCAUCUUAACGACAGACGGAGGAAAGUUUAAAGCACCAUCCGAUUGGAGUUCGACCUCGUCAGCAUUGACUCACCGCUGUGAGUCUGCAGCUUCAACAUCACUAAAUCCGUUCAGCCCCAUUCCUUUAAACUCUUCUUUGUCUGACACUUGAAUUCCUCCAAAGGGGAGAUGGUGUGGAUUAGAGCAAAGUAUAGAAACAACUAUAAUCCUCCAAUUGAAUAUACUUUCAAAGCACCUGAUUAUGCAGAGAAAUUGCCUACAGUAUAUGUGAGUGUGUAAACCCUGGUGCACCAUCACACUGGGAUGCAGGUGGCUGCUCCUGAUUGGAACAAUAUAUUUAAAAAAAACCUUCAAAGAUGUUUUUCUUUCCUAUGACAGAAAGAUCUUCUGUCGGAGAGAUUACGGCAGUGACGUCUGUUUCAUUAGCAAGUCAAAGACCAUACUGGGAGUUUGUUGUGAUAUCCGUAAGCCUCAGUCUGUGUGUGUGUGUGUUGUAUCACGUGUGUCUCAGGAGCCUUUAUAAAAGCUGCAGAGGUCGAACCUGAAGCCAUUGACUUGUCUGAUCAUCUGAGGAGCUUCAGUCACCAACAAAUAUGCCGGUGUCCCACCGAUUUGUGUGCUGUCUCUUCGUCAUGUUUCUUGUCGUCUUCACAGUCGGCCGGUGCCAACAGGAGAGCCGCCGAGCGGUCUCUGAACACCAGCUGCUGCACGACCGCGGUCGAAACAUCCAGAGCCUGAAGAGGCUCAUCUGGCUGUCCAGUGCCAUCGAAGGUCUCCACACUGCCCAGACACGCUCCACUGACUACAACCCGUCUAGAGUUCUGGACUUGGACCUGAAUCCAGCACUGGUCUCUGCUGCUCAAAACAGCCAAAGUGAUCGGAUGCAGACGUUCCUGAGAGACUUCUUUUUUCCCUACGUGAACAGGCUCAGCGACGGAGAGCCCUAACACCAGGGACAUGCAAAGAAACUAGGGCUGCUCUCCACAAGUGUGAAAGAUGUUAGAAUAUGAAACACUCGAAACACAACCACGACAUUGUCUUUAGUAACAAAAGACACAAAUUUUUCACAAAGACUGACUCGGUCUUUGUUUGUUAAAAACAACUUGGUUCGGUUUUUUUCAUGAAAUUCAGUACCCAGACUAUGUUGAUGUUAGUUUGAUUUGUUAUUGACUCGAUACAAAAGCUAACAUGCUCUUUUGUAAACAUGUAGCUCAGCUUUGCACGGCAUCCUGCAAAAUUAAAGUUAAGCGACGUAUCAGUAGUCUGGAUGUUCCUUCCUCUGACGCCAUGUCAGGUCUUCAACUGAGUCUGGAUAAUUGUCACAGCUGUUUGUUUACUGUUGUCUCUUUGUCUUAUGAGCUCAAAAAGAGAAACUUAUCUUUUGGCAGAAAACAAAUAUCAAUAUAUAAAAAAAUGUUUAAAAAAUCUAUUACUAUGUCAAUAUUAUACUGUAGUAGUAGUAACUGUAGUAAUAGUGUAGGAGUACUGAUGCUUGCUUAAAAGUUGUAAAAUCAAUUACAAAAAAUAUGAGUCAGGAACUACCAAUACAUUCAUUCACACUAUUGCUGUGUUUCUACGCAUUUUGUUGACAUUUUUUGACCAUUAAAGCCAGAACAACAAUAAUUAUUGACC